AUGGGGCUUUGGAAUAUGAUUAAGCGUAAAAAGAAGAAAAAUGCGGAAGACGAAACUUUGGUCAUCGAGAGGUCUGUAUCGGAAGGAAACGUGAGGUCGUUCUCACCCGAGAAGAAAAAUUCAUUUCCUUUUGGAUUCUCUCCCAAAAAAUCAAAUCAUCACCAUCAUCAUCAUCACUCUAAACAUCGCCAUCAUCAUCACAACGACCAUAAUGAAAAAGCCGAAUUUUUUGCUGAUAAUUUAAUAACAGCAGAAACUAUUGAAGAUUUUUCAUCCAGUCCAGAAACGAAGCAAUUAUUUCUAAAGGAGGCCACCUCGACUGACGACAAUAUUUUAGCUGACAACAGCAUUAUCACAAAGAUUGUUCGAAAUCGCACUUCGCCAAACUCGACACUAAAUUCAACAUUGGAUCAUGAAAGUUUUAUGAGGCCACCAUCCCCAAAGCAAGCAGAUACCACUAUCGAAGAAAACAAUAUUGAACAUACUAGUUUUGAGGAUGAAGUGUGCAUUAAAUCGACAAUAUUAAACCACAAACUUCCACCUAACAUAUCCGAAGCAAGUGAGAACGAUGUGACAGACAAAUUGAAAACUUCUCAACGAAAAGCUAUCAACGAAACAGAGGUUAUUGAAAAUCGCAAAUUAUUCGCCGAUCAAUCAAAGUCGUCUUGUGAAGUAGACAAUAUUAAGGAAGAAAUUAUACAUUCGCCCACUGAUGAGCACAGCCCAACAUCGCCCACUGAUGAAAUGCAAGAAGAUUUAUAUAUUCCAGAAAAAGAAAUGGAAAGUUUACCUGUACAACAAACUCAAGCCUCCUCAACCACAGCUGAUGAUCAUUUUUUGAAGCCACAAGAGGAACACAUUAAUUCUCCAGAAAUGUGUGCAACCAAAGAAACUCUAUUGUUUGAAGAACCAUCCCAAAGCCAUGUGGUUCAAUCAGAUAUUAAUACAUUUCCAUCUCAAGAAUUGGCUCAACUAGAACACAAAGAGUUCACUCGUUUUAUUGAAUCUGAGCUAUUAAAGCUUAAAGAUGACCUUCAAACAGAUCGACGGAUAGGUGAGAGCGUAAAUCAACAACGAGUACCAUCUCCCCUUCCAAAAGAAAAAUCACACGGAAAUCCAAGUCAUCCUCAAUCAUUGACACUCAACCUCGAUGCUAAAUAUAAGUAUGCACGAAGAGCUCUGUUGAGACAGUAUCUCAAAAAUAGAGGUACCUCUACCGGCGAUAAAAUAGCAUCAGACACUAUUAACAAUGCCUUAGAUCUGAACACGUCUCUAAAAUUGCAAAGAUUGGAAAAGGAAAAUAAGGAGCUCGAACGGCUACAAACGACCAGAAAAAAGUACGCCAAAGACCUUGUCAAGCUUGAAAAAUUGGUGGAAAUAGCAACCAUGGAAAAUGAAGUGGAAGCCUCCCAACAAAAAUCACAUGUAGUGAUUGUUGAUAGAAAAAAGAAAGAUACUAAGGGAGCGUUGUCGAAAGGAUACUCGGAUAUUCUACAAACUAAGAUGGAAAUGAUGGGGAAAAUACUUGUCUCAUCUUCGGAUGAGUUCGCUGAGGCAGAUCCUGAGAUUUUGUUGAAACAAAUUAAUCUUCUCAAGUCUGAAAGAGAAAAAUUCCAAACAUUGGUCGAAAAACAAAAAGAAACCAUUCGAUUUCUAGCUGAGGACUUAUUGACCGAUGUUGCCAUUGAUCCCAAUGAAAAGCAAAAGCUUGUGGAACAAGUGAUUAGCAAUCAUUCAGUACCAGAAUCACCAUGUUCAGAAUCCUCUCCCACUUCCAACUCUGCACACCAUGAUUUUAAUGUCGCAUUGCCAUCAGAAGAUUCCUCUCCACCCCCUCCACCUCCUCUCACUCCCCUUCUCGUAUCAUUAUCACGAGCUCACCACUCACAACCAGAGCCACCAUCUCUCUCCGUUGAGAUUGAAAAUUGUAAUCCUACCUUAAAGCCCAAAAAGAAAAAGUCAAAAAAGAUGAAAAAGAAGACGAAGGAGAGCUCUUCAUCAACAACAACAACCGUCAUGAUGGAAGCUCCUUCUUCUACUUCUCCCGAACUGCCAAAGGAUGGUAAACGAGGUAGUACUUCCCUGCAGGAAAAGAAGAAGAAAAGAUCCUCUUCACCUGCUCAAAAACAAGAAAGGCCCUCAUCAGCUUUGGGUCUCUCAAGAAAGAACACAACAAUCACACCACCACAACAACCAGAAGAUACUCGAAAAGUCUAUGAACAUUCUCCAUCAUCAUUCUCAUCUGCCAACAAGACUCUACGAAGACCCAUGUCUGCAAGUCGUUGUUCAUCCUCCUCCGUGAAAUCAUCAUCAACCUUAAUUAAUGCUGUAGCAUCACCCAACUCCGAACCACUAUCAAGAAUAGCACAUGAUAUAACUCAAAAACGUCCAUCAAGUGCCUCUGCAACACAUUCCUCGUCUUCGAGAUAUGACAAGAUCAUUGAUCGGCUCUAUGAAGGCGGUAUUGAGAAGCAAAAUAAAUCGAGGGAAUGGGCCAGGACACAAAAGGAGCUCAAAGACGCAAAAGAGAUGCAGGAAAUGAGAGAAAAGCCUCAACUCAACAGAAGGUCUAUUGAACUUGUUAAUCGGAAGUAUCAAUCUGGAGAUUUUGUGGCCUCUAGUCGUGGUUCAACACCUUCCACUGAUACGAAAACGAUCACCAGUCCAAGCAUGUACAUGACAAUUUCUUCUGAUGGAGUUAUUAUGCAAACACCAGUUUCAAUCGAACGCCCACGCAGUGGUAGUAUUGAGGAACUGAGGCUGCUCCGACAAGAAUCAAUGAGGAGAAGAACACGUGAGUUUAAUAUCAUGAAAGAAAGUCUUGCAGAAUGUACAUUUACUCCGAAUAUUGGGCGAAAAUCUUUAGAAAUAGCCUCUCACCGCAAGGCAAAAGAUGAGCAACCAAUUCACAACAAGUUAUUUGAGGAAGCGAAGGAAAAGGAAGCUCAAAAUGCAAAAGUCAGAGAAAUGGCCAAAAAAGUAAAAGAUGAGCAAGAAGUUAAGGAGAUACGAAAAUCAAAAACCUUUAAAAGCGCUGAAGAUGAAAAAGCAUUUAUCAAUAGAAUGCUCGAAGCAGAAAAAGCAAAAAAACAAAGAAUUGAACAGCUUCGUGUAAAAUGCUUUGAGCAAGAAACAUUUAAACCUAAAACCAACAAUACCCAGAUACCGAGAGAAGGUGACGUGUGUGAACAGCUUUACAAACAAGGACUAGAAAUACAAAAGAGAAGAGAGUUCAUACGAGAUCAAUAUGAGCAAUAUUUAGAAAACGUUCGGUCCAUGAAACACACCACUAAGGGUAGCACUAAGUAUAUUGAAGAAAUGAAAGAAAAACGAAUAUUUUCCUUAUUUAAUUUAUUUUGCAUUGAAUCUGAAUGUGAAGAGUCUGCAGAAGUAGAGAUUCAUAGGCUUCACGAGGUUAUAGAACCACUACUGGACAAGUUUGGAGAGCCUUUGUCUCUAGUAAUUCCUUUACUGGCAGAAAGAUUUGGAGAUGAUUCAAUCAUCAACUAUGACCAAUUUAGAAUGUUUAUUGAGAGCCCAGAAACAAAUUUAGAUCUUGAAGAUUUGGCUGCUCAAGUGAAAUUACUGCAGAACCAGCUGACACUGCAACUAGCAGUUGAAAAUCAAUUUAACUUUAAGCCAAGCAUCAAUUCUACUUCUCGUAAGCUUGAUCCUUAUGCGUAUGGUUGUGAAACUUUGGAAGACAGAGUUGACAAUUUACUAUCAUUCAAAGAAUAUAGAGAUCAGAAAAUAGAAAUGAUGAGAAAUAAUGCCAUUGAGAAAGAGCUGGAAGAAUGCACAUUCAAACCAAAAAUUAACAAAUAA